GAAGGAGAGCAAACGCCGUGAGACCCGUGUGUUUUCAAAGCAAUUUAUGGUAAUAAAGCCAGGCACAAAUUGAUUCGUCUAACAAAUAAACAAUUGCAUCCCCCACAAAACAAACACAAACAAAAUGCCGAUGCUUAGCAGUGUGUGAGUGCACGACGAGAAAUUGAGAAGUUAAGUGGACGUAUAAAAUGAAAGUUGUAGUUGUCGCUCCGUGAGAAGAUUGGUGCGAAGCGCAGAGAGAAAAUUUUUUUGCAAAGCAAGCGAGCGUCAAAUCGAAGUCGAAGGUGAAAUGAAAAUGUAUUAGCAUUCAAAUGAAAAGCCAACUAAGAUGCCAUUAGCCACUGUGACACAGGCAAAACGAUAACAAAUUCUAAGCGAAAGCGAAACCAAUUCUGUAAAAAACGUAAAUUGGCGUUGUUUCUGUGGCUGCGCUGCCUCAAUUACCGCCCGCCCGCGCGCCCGCCAGCCCGUCAGCCCGUCCCGUUACUUUCGUAGGUCGCGCGCCCGCGUUUGUGUGUGUGUGUUUGAGUGUGUGUGUGUAUGCAUCGGAAUGGAUUAAGGAAAUUCUCAACACAAAAACCAAUUUGUAAUCCUGCAGCGCAAAAAAUGUUCCACAAGGGCAGCUGCUGCUGGUGAGAGACCCCGUCUAUAAGCAAGUGAGCUAUAAUUAGCCUCUACGGCCGCCCACAUCUACCAACCACACCCACGCGGACACCAUAACAGAAGAGACAUACCCCCAAAAAUGGAUUUGGACUUGGAUCAUCUUAAGAACGACUUUCUGCCGCUCAUCGGCGGCAUCAAACAGGAGCUAUUGGACACCGGGCCAUCGGAUGGCAUGCCGCAGAUGAAUAUGCAGAGCACUGCAACGGCCAGCAGCGGCGCUGCCACCACAUCCACAUCCUCGUCCAGCACAUCCUCCAUGGGGAAUCCCUGCGACAGCGCCGAGAAGCGGUCGGAGUCGAAUUCCUCGGCCUCGGCCAAGUUCACGCUGUUCAAGUGCGUGUACUGCGCCCAGCUGCUGGGCUCCAACGACCGUCCGAAGCUGCUGGAGUGCCUCCAUGUGGCCUGCUCGCAGUGCGUGAGCACAAAGUUCUCGGAGCUGGACCGCUCCCUGCCGCCGCUGAUACACUGUCCGGUGUGCGACAACGCCUCCCAGAACGAGUUCAUUGUGGACAACCAGUUCCUGAUCGAGCAGUGCACGGCCGGGGAGAGCGGCGACGGCAGCGGCUCGGAGCUCGGCCAGAAGAGCGUCGCGACCAUCGUGCAGUGCAGCAGCUGCUCGGACGGGGCAGCGGCCACGUCGUGGUGCGUCGACUGCUCGGAGUACAUAUGCGACAGCUGUGUGCAGGCGCACCAGCGCCUCAAGAUCACCAAGGACCACACGAUCAAGCCGAAGGACGAGGCAAACAACGAGCAGCUGGCCGGCACGGCCGGCGUCGACAAGCUGCACAUGUGCCAGCUGCACACCCAGGAGAAGCUGUCGCUCUUCUGCGAGACCUGCGACAAGCUCACGUGCCGCGACUGCCAGCUGAGCGACCAUCGGGAUCACAAGUACAAGUUCGCCCACGAGAUCGCCACGGAGUCGCGGCAGGCGCUCUCCACGCUCGUCUCCGAGAUCAACUACAAGCGGUUCCUGCUCUCGUCGGCCACCAAGGUGAUCGACGACCGGCAGCAGCUGAUACACGACAAGAAGAAGGACCUGAUCAAGGAGAUCACCGCCAUGGCGGUGAAGAUCACCAACACGGUCAACACGCGCGGCAAGCAGCUGAUCAUGCGCCUCAACGAGGUCUGCGACAGCAAGCUGAAGGUCCUCGUGGAGAAGAAGGAGACGCUCCAGCUGCUCUCCGACAACACGGACCACUGCAUCGAGUUCAUGCAGAACGCUCUCGACAAGGGCAGCGACUUCGCGAUACUCUCCAGCAAAAAGUCGCUGGUGCGGCAUCUGCAGAAGCUCAAGUGCCAGCGCGCGGACAUACCCAAUCCGGAGAUACCCGUGCGCAUCCAGGUGCAGCUCAACCAGGUGUCCGACCUGCAGAAGGUCAUCUCCCAGCUGGGCAUCAUCAUUGUCGAUGGCAAGCCGUACCCCCCGUCAGCCUCGCCCAACGGCACGCCCCAGCCGCCGCCGCGACAGCCGCCCAGCCCGAACAUGGCACCGCCCCUGCGGCCGGGCCUGCCGCCGGGCAUGUCCGCCGGCCUCUCACCCAACGGGCCGCCCGUCAACUUUGGCCCGCAGAACGGUCCCCCGAUGUACAGCAGUGCGGCGGCCCAGCAGCAGUUCAACAAUCUGUCGGCGAUGAGCAGAUCCUUUCCGGGCGAUGGACCAGGUAAGGUUCGCUUUGGGGGAAUGCCGCCGGUGGGCAUGCAGCGUCACGGCCAGCCGCACGUAAGCUCCUCCACACAUCCGCAGAAUAUGGACAUCAGCCUGCGGGGCCUGCUGAACAAUCAGGCGGCGCAGAGCCCCAAUGCCGGGCACAUGGGCUUCAAUGGGCCGCCCAGCUAUCCGGGCGGGCCGCAGGGCGGUCCCUCGCCAGCCCACCAGCAGAUGGGGGGACCGCAGAUGCGACCGCAUUUCAUGGGUGGCCAGCAGGGUUUCUCGCAGGGCGGCGGCGGCGGUCCCGGAGGCGGGCCCAGGGACAACAAUUUCAUGAGCAGCAACGCGGCGCGCUUCCAGUCGCAGUACCAGCGCAUGGCGAGCCAUGCCCAGCAGGCGGCCGUAGCGGCCAUGGCCGGAGCAGGUGGCGGAGGCGGCCAGAUACCGUCGCCCGGGUCGCUGCAGCGCCCACAAAUGAUGCAGAAUCCCAUGCAGAAUUCGUUGGGGUUUCAUGGGAGCCAGGCUGGCUUUAAUACCGGCCCACCGCAGACGUCGCCGCAGCUAGGCGGCGGCAUGCACAGCCUGGCCAAGUGGCACAUACCGCAGUCCGCGCAGCAGUCGAACAUGUGCUCUCAGCAGGGUCCCCUUUUGCCGUUCGCCAAUGGCCGCCAGACAUCGGAAAAUUUUAAAAUCUCCCUGAAGUCCCCCAACACGCUCAAGAACAGCACUCCGCCCAGCCUGGGGUUGGGCGUUCCGGGCAUGCCGGGCCUUGGCAAUGGUUCGUUGGUCAAUGCCGCCGUCCUAGGGCUUGGCCCCGCUGUAUCGAUACUCUCCAACGUCACCUCGACAAAUCCAAAGACGCCCAGUCCCAGCACUCAUGAGAACACCAAGGACUUCACGGAGCCCAUUGACAAGGUGCGCGACGACUCCAUCAACGAUCUGAUAGCGACCAUCGCUAAGCUGGACUCGAACGGGGUGCAAGUGUUGCCCGAGGGCCGCACCAAGACCACCUCGCCGCAGGUGCACAGCUCCACGGACCUGUCCAACACGCAGGAAGUUAAUAAUAAAAACGAACAAAAAGAUGACCCCAACGAGGAUUGGUGCGCCGUCUGCCUGGACGGGGGCGAGCUCAUGUGCUGCGACAAGUGCCCCAAGGUGUUCCACCAGAACUGUCACAUACCCGCGAUCAGCUCGCUGCCGGACGAGAGCGAGAGCUGGCAGUGUCUGCUGUGCGUCAACCUCAAGGAAUUGACCAAGAACGAGGGCGCCACCGCCGACAAGUCGGCGCAUCCGGGCGAGCUGAGCAGCCUGGAGCUGAGGAUAUUGCAGCGCAUUUGCCUGGAGCUGUACUGCCAGUACGAGCAGAGUCUCAACUUCCGUGAGCCAGAGUCGCCGGCCAACACGUCCUACUACGAGAUUGUGUCCAGUCCCAUGUCCCUGGAUGUGAUACGCACACGUCUGGAUCCCUCCAGUCCCAAUCACUACAAGGAUAUUGCUGGUUUCGUGACCGACGUGCGCUUGAUAUUCUCGAACACAUAUCUGUUCUAUCAGGAGGAUACGAAAACGUACACCAAUGCCAAAUACUUGGAGAACUUCUUCGAGGAGCAACUGGCCAAGUGGCUGCCCAAUUUCGAGGGCAAGCUGAGCAAGGGCAGCAGCGCUUCCUGCUCGCCCGCCCUGAUGGCGGCAGCGGCGGCGGCCAACGCGGCUGGCUCGCCGUCACCCAUCGAGAAUGGACGCAAGAGCUGCGGCUCGGCUUCGUUGGGCGACAACGAUGGUGCCUGCUUGCCGCCCAAACGGGCGCGGCGGACUAUGCACGAAUAGGACGAGCUUUUGCCCAGUCGCAAGGGCAUGGAUGAGCAGGAGCCGGGCCAGGCGGGCCAGCCGGCGCAGCAUUUAGGAGUGGAACAGCCAGGGAAGCAGCAGCAACCGCAACAGCAGCAGCAGCAGCAAACGGGCUUUGAUAUGGAGGCGGAUCUAGACUUUGAUAUGCUACAGCGGCCGCAGGGCCUGGGCAGCACCGUCAUACAGGAGAGCGCCGACUAUGUGCUGCAGCUUCUGCACGCAUAUGCCGCCGCCUUUGGGCUUUAAAAAUGCCACAAAGCCACACAUAUCCCCGUACUCCCCCUACUAUAUCCGUAGUCUUCGUUGUAUAUUCUGAAACUUCAGAAGCUUCCCCCCGAAAACAUGAGAUACACGCCGGUACUUCAAAGCUCUCUAACGAACAAAACCCAGCAUAGGUGUUCCCCCUUUAGUAUCUAGUGUUAAUCCGCAUCUGUAAAUAGCCGAAGCCAAGUCAUUUGAUAUGACUUUUCUUACGUUCAAUGGUUCUAGAUAUUUGUAAGAGUCUCUCCAUUGAAGAAUUGAGAUGAGAUAUGAUUAGGUACAUAAAUAUAAUCGUAAGUGUUGAGUAUACAUAAACAUUAAUUUAGAAAGAGGAGAGGAUACGAUGGUCGAAAUAUGUAUACCCCAAUAUAUGUAAGAGAUUAAACCUAGAUGUACUGUGAAGUGAGUUCCAAGUUGGAGUGAAAAAUCAUCCUCUCAAUCAUCAUCAUCUUUCAUCUUUAUUUGAUAGAUUUGAUAGACGACCCGCCCUGACCCCGACCCCGAACCCUGACCCUGACCCCCGUUCAGCAUUAUUAUCUCUGCGUUGGAGUUGUAUUUACUUUUGUGAUAGCGAAAAAACAAUAAGAUGAACAAAAAUUAACAAAUUAUUUACUAACAUCAAUUACUAUUACUAUUACUAUUACUAUAAUCAUUAUCAUCUUUAUAAUUACAUAUGUUACGAGUAUAACCAUGCAAUGCAAUUCUACAUCAUUUCGAAUUUGAUGUGUGUACGAUAGCCAUCGACACCGAUAACCCAUCCACCAUCCAUCAGUAGGAUCUAAUGUCCCAAGCCCUAGAACAUCAUACAUUCUGUAUACCGUAUAAGAAGACACUCGAGAAUAAGUUUCGGCUGCAUUCUAGCCAAGUUUCGCAGGUCAGAUGAAUCAAACCCUUAAUUACCGAUUAGGCAACACAGUAUAGAUGUUUGAAUGUUGUACGUUUGACGUUUUAGCAUGUACGAUUUAAGUAAUUCUUAACUAUCGAUCGACAGGCCAAGCAGCAGCCGCCGCCACACAACUACGCAAUGCACUGCACACUCAAAAUGGAUACCUCUGGCCAGUGCUGUACAUAAAACCAUUGAUCACAAAACAGAUCACAAAUAGAUCCAAAACAGAAUCAAGUUUUCAUAUAUAUUCAUAUAAACGGAGUCGAAGCCGAAAAAAAACCUACUAAAAUAAAAUAAAACACCGAAAUCGCCUAUGGUCAAUAUUUUCGUAAACGUUUUCAAUUGCCAGAGAGACACACACACACACUUAGAAACAGAAACAGAAGGUAUACUUAAACUAGAUGAUAAAUAUGAUGAUGUGCUGGCUGCUACUCCUAUCGAUGCCACAUAGAAGAAAUAAGCGAGGGGCUACUGAGGGCCCGAAAUGAAAUUAUAAAUCCUAACAAACCAUAAGAAAUGAAUCAAAUAAUACCUACCAUGCAAUGUGUGAAGCGAGCAAACAGAAGAGGUACUACGUAGAUCUAGACCGUGCGUAGCAUAGGCGUAUGUAUGGUACGGUAUGGUAUGGCAUGUGUUUUGUAUGUUGAUUGUGAAACUAUGGAAAUUAUUUUAUUUGUUUUAGAGACAUAAGUUUUAUGGUACCGAUAACUAACGUUUAAUCACUGUAUAUGGAUGUGUACUACUACUUACUAUCGAGUGGAUUAUAAAAUAAAAGCAAAAACAAAUGGAAAAACAAAA